GUAACACGUGGGGUAGAAUGUUUACUCGGAGUCAAGACAGUUUACUUGGCUGUCAAGAGAAAAUGAAACUGUGGAUAUUAUAAAAAAAAGUUUCCCAGUGAACCACCAGAAUAGUGGAUUGAUGAACACUAGAACAACUGACAAGGCUCACUGACAGGUUCCAUGGACAGUUUUAAUAAACACUUCACAUAGGUUUAUAUCCUUGAUAGAAUGCCUCUGGUAAUAAAUGGAAAGGUUUUGGGCAAUUCACCUCUGUCUCUGGCCGAGUUUAUGCAAGACUACCCCCAUUUCAAGGAGUCAUCAAGUGAAUUAUGCUGUCAAAGUAAGAAGGAGAUUGGCCCUAAAUUACUUUACAUAGGACAAAGAGAGAUGGGGGCUACAGCCCCUAAGGAUAUUUUCAGGUCUAGUGUGAACGUAGCCUCAGAAAUGUGGGAAAAACUGGGAAAAACCAGAUAUGUCACUUAUCAAGAUGUCAUAAAAAUUUUGGGGUCAGAAGAUGCUACAACCUGUCAUAUUGUGAUCUUGAGAAAUAAAGACUUGGGGCUACCUGCCUGGCACACCUGGACGGCUGCAGCACAGAGACAGCUGUACAGGACAUGGUCAGAACUGGUGGAGGAGCUGUCACCUGACCACAGUCAGGCCCGACUGGAGUUAUCACUGAUUGGAGGUUUCUUAGAUGAACGAAAAUCCUCAGAAGAACUAUCCAUUAGUGUACACACAUUUCAGGCUCUAUUUCGUUAUUGUUUUCAUGUGGAUUUUGUUUCAGAUAUGAAUACUGUGAAAAGAGAUGGGAUUUUCUGGCCAGUGAUCUAUGGAAUUGCUGUUGAUGUGAAGUCGGGUGAGAUUUUCUCAGCAUCAUUCCCUGACAAAGGCCCCGAUCAGGCACUGCGAUCCGCCCGGCAUUUCAGUGGUGGAGAUGAGGUCCUAAAUAUAUACGACCCUCAUACACAUCAGCUGUUGAUUGGUCCCUUUCACUAUGAUGUCAUGGCCCAUGUUGACAGAUGGUGUAAUGCACCAGAUCACUUCAUAAGAAAGUAUUUAUCCACUUCUCCUGAACAAGAGCCAGAGGGUUUUGAGAGAAGUGUACGAGCAGCUUUAGUUCAAAUCCGAGACUUCCCUGACCCUCUCAAUAGUGUUUUCAAAGAUGGCAAGCCCAGGGCUUAUCAAAAGGAACACAAUGGUUUAUGGUCCUUAAUUUCAUAAUUUGUACUCACUGUCCUGGUUAUUUGUCCAUGGUAACUCCAUCAUUCCAUCUGUGAAGAUCAGACACAAUUGUGAUACUGCUGUUCUGCAUCUUGGUGCUACUUUUAUCUUUACAUACAAUCAGAUAAUGAUGUAGUUCUGUAUGUGUGUAUGUAUAAAUACCUGUAUGUUUAGUUUAGAACAUUGUGUCAAAUUUGAACUCAAAUGUAAGUGAAGAUACCAAAUUGCAGAAUGUUUUGGUUAUUGCGUACCAAGUUAUGCUAUAAGUUGUUGUUUUUUCCCC